GAAACUAGCUUUUGUAGAGUUUUGAAUAAUCUUGUUACGGUUCUUAGCUUUGCACCUCUUCGUUGCUUACCUUAGCAACAGGAGCUCCCAUAUAUACGCUCCUGUUGCUUCCAUUCCUUGAGUUAGUUCUUGGAUAGAACCAGACCUUUUUCUUCUUUUGCUCCUCCUUUCGUUGCUCGUGAGAUAGCCCCUCGCGUGUGCUCCGCACCACACCUAGCCCCCCAGAUCUACGUAACAUAUUUAGAUAGAAUCUCGAAAUUCCCCGGUCGGCAGUCUAUCCCUCCCUAUCCUCCUCAAAAUGUCGCGCAAUCGAAGAGGUCUCUUGCUGCGCGAUGUCAAUAUCUGGGACUUGAGCGAUAGUGAAGAUCGCAUUCCAUUGGGCGGCUUAAGGCGCACUCCUGGUAUUACCAAUAAAGAUUUCCGCCACAUGCUCGACAUCCUUCUUGUUACCUCGGUCGAUUUCGUCGUCCAGAACGAGCACGGAGAUGAAAUCUUGCAAAACGACGAGCCCCUCCUCCCUGGAGAUUACACUGUCAUGGCAGACAAGGUCGAAGUCAACAACGAAAUAGCCUACACGCGAGUGGCCUCCAUUACGACAGGCUCUCAAGUACAAGCGUUCAGAGACGCAGUCCGAGCUCGGGACAAUCGUUGUGUCAUUUCGAAAGUCGUAAAUGUCGAUGCUGAAGUGGACGAUUGGACGUCGUUCGAAGCUGCACAUAUCUUCCCGCUAGCAUACGAAAGCCAGUGGAAUAUGAAUAACUACGGCCGCUGGAUUACAAUUGAUCCACCUCAGGGAGGGGAGAUUAAUUCAGUUCAAAAUGGUCUCCUUCUCCGUUCUCAUUUGCAUCAGGAAUGGGACCAAUACAGAUUCUCUAUCAAUCCCGACAACGGACACAAGAUAAUCUUCUUUGGUGCCGACCUGGACCAGGUAGCUGGGAGCACCCUCGAUCGCCAGCUCCUCGACGACCCAUGCCGUCCCCCGGACUCGCUCUUCCGCUGGCAUUUCCGCCAAGCAGUCCUCUCAAAUAUAAGGGGAGCGGCAGAGCCGAUAUUCGAGCACGACUUUCCUCCAGGUUCGGACAUAAUGGGGGAAAUACUAGCAGGCCCCAAGGCCGGCCAGCGCAUGGAGUUCGAGCUAUUUGAUCGGUUGGCUCACCACGUAAAGAUUGUAUAGAACGAGGGAUGGAGGGGGCAGAUCAGUAGGUUACUUAACGGAGGAUAGGUUCGAUUCCUAACAGCACUACUUGGUAGUCUGUUAUUUAGCUCAACCGGGGCAAGGGCAUGUAUUGCUCACAGCGGCGCAUGAUAGAGGGAAAGGGCAUUGCUUACAGCGACCAUGAUAAUUAAUUUACAAUUUAAUAGUGAACAGGAGCAGCGUGGGCACGCUGUAUGGGAGACCCGUAUGGGUAAUAGGACUAGCUACCCAACUGCCAACAACUGGCCCAGU